GUUGUGUGUCUGUGCCGCUGGCGGGCAGCAGUGAGUCUGUAGAGGCGCUUGCAUACCUGUCUCAGGUUCAUUCUGGGCGGAGAGCAUCUCUGGGUCUCGUUCGAGGUGGAGCCCGACGCAGAAACGAGCCUGAAGCGCUUUAAGAGGCGACGGACGCUGCCGUGCGCGCUAAUGAUCCGAUUCACUGCGAUGAUCUGAACUCAGUCCAGAUUUCUGCUCGGACCCCGACGCGCGAGAGUCUCGGGGCGGAUCGUGCUGAAGAAUCUCCCGGGUUUGAGUCGAGCUGAAGCGCAGAAGCGCAGACGCGUCUCCGUCUCCUCGCAGAGCUCCUCAGGAGGAAGACAACAUCAUCAUCAACAUGGGCCAGAGAGGAGGACAGAGACGAUCACAGCUCCUGCCUCUUCUGCUGGUGACCAGCAUGUGUUUUGUGGGUGCUGAAUACUUGAGCUGUGGAGAAAAUGAGUUUUAUAAUCUCACAGUCAGCAGCUGCCAACCCUGCCCACAAUGCCAGCCGGGACAAGAGCCGAACAUGAACUGUGGUUACGGCUCUAAGGAUGACGACUACAGCUGCGUGGCCUGUCCGGCCGGGAAAUUCUCCAAAGGCAAGUAUGAGAUCUGCCGGCGCCACAAAGACUGCGACUCGCUGUACCGCGCCACUAUCCUGACGCCGGGGACUCUGGAGAGCGACGCCGAGUGCGGACCAUGUUUACCGGGGUACUACAUUCUGGAGAACCGUCCUCGUAACAUCUAUGGCAUGGUGUGUCACUCCUGUCAGAACGCUCCUCGAAACAUCAAAGAGUGCAUGCAGUCGACGCCACCGUCAUCGGGACGAGCUCCCAGCGUGCCGUCCAGCAGCACCACCAUAUUCCCACACGCAGAGAAAGAUCCAACAGGACAAGGUCACCUAGCAACAGCCCUCAUCAUCGCCAUGUCAACCAUUUUCAUCAUGGCCAUCGCUAUAGUGAUGAUCAUCAUGUUCUACAUCCUGAAGACCAAACCGAGUGGACAAGCAUGCUGCUCUGGACAAAUAAUAAGACAGUGGAAGGCCCAAACGAACAAGCAGGAGGAGAAGAAGGAGGUUCAAGAAAAACCGUUGUGCAUCUUUGCAGAAAAGGAUGAGUUUGAUAAGCUCAAGCCUUCAUCUCCAAAAACAGUAAAGAGUGAGAACGACGCGUCAUCAGAGAACGAGCAGCUCUUGAGUCGCAGCAUCGACAGUGACGAGGAAGCAGCUCAGGACAAACAGGGAGCCGCUGACCUUUGCCUUCUGUCUCUGGUGCAUCUGACGCGGGACAAGACCUGCUCCACCCACCAUCAGCAACAUCAACACCAGCACAGCUGCAGCAGAGCCACCGGGAUUCACAGCAGAAGAAAAAAGAUCCUGGAUUUGUACGCAAAAGCCUGCAGUGUUGCAGAGGGUCUGAGUCCGACCGAGCUUCCGUUCGACUGUCUGGAGCGCAGCAGCCGCAUGCUCAGCGCCACCUACAGCACAGACAAGGCAGUGGUGAAGACGUGGAGGCACCUCGCCGAGAGCUUCGGCCUGAAGCGUGACGAGAUCGGAGGCAUGACGGACGGCAUGCAGCUCUUCGACCGCAUCAGUACAGCGGGAUACAGCAUCCCGGACCUGCUGACCCGUCUGGUCCAGAUCGAGCGGCUGGACGCCGUCGAGACCCUCUGCUUCGACAUUCUGGGCGGCCCGGGGAACAGCGUCCCUCCGUCCAGCCACCAUCCCAAUCUCAGCUCCCGCUGCGCCAGCGUCUGAGAGACGGAUCUGGACCUGCGCAGACCUUCUGUGUAUUUCUGUGACGGUUGUUCACAGAUGAACUCGUGACGGACACCUUCACUGUGACGCUGUUGAUUUCUGAUAACAGAUGAGCGAUCACUUUUCCAGCUCUCAAGCGUUUCUACACGUGAACAGACACUUCCAGACUGAUUUCACACACUGUUGCAUUAAUAAUGCGACGCAAUAAUGUGUUUUAUUUUUACAGUGAACAUCUGCUUGCUUUCUGCUGCAACAACAGUCUGAGUCAGUUCAAGUUCGUUAAACGCUCUAACGAUCUACCUGA